AUGUUUGCGAUCCGGGCUCGUCGCAAGGUAGCAACAGAAAAGGACUUUUUGGAGGCAAUCAAUAAGGUGAUUAAAGGGUAUGCGAAGUUCAGUGCAACACCGAGAUAUCUUACCCACAACUAA